AUGCCGCCGUCCGAGGCAGAUCAGGCCAUCGACGAGCUCCUCGAGCGCUACCUCGUCCUUGUGGACCAGUACACGACACUCCGCGCCGCGCUCACCACCACCCAGCAGCGCAUGUUCCACGCUCUCGCCCGCGCCAACUUUACUGCCGACCGCGGCGUGCGCCACUACGGGCAGGAUCAGUACGACGAGCGCAUGCAGGCGUCGCGGCGGGUCGCCAUCUCUGCAGCGGCUUCCUCCUCCUCCUCGCCGCCUACGUUUGCCAUUGUCCAGGAGUUUAUAGCGGAAGAAGAAGAAGAAGAUGCAGAGGGGCAAGGCAAGGAAGAUGAUUCAGUAGCAGACAGGAAGGAAAAGGAGAAGAAGAAGAAGAAGAAGAAGUCGUCCGUAGCAGUAAGGGGGAACCCAAUUCGGUGGUUUGGCGUGCUGGUACCGCCGGCGCUGCGCGAGGCGCAGAGCCAGUCGGUCGCGGCGGUCGAGGAUGUGAUCCCGCGGCUGGUGAGUGUGCAGGCAGAAAUGGCCCAUGUAGAGAUUGAGGUGCGGCGGGCGAGGAAGAAGCGCGCAAAAGCGAGCGCCGCCGAGGUCAAGAAGCAAGACACUACAAACACGGCGCGUACAGUCUCUGCGUCUUCAUGA